CAUUCGGACAUUUAAGUUUGACGUUAGGCAAGUAAAGGACGGACACGACACGACGACCAGAGUUUAUUUCGGCUUAGCCUAAUUUGUAUAGUGAUUACGUUUCACAUGAUACAAAUUACCAAAUACUCGGAAAUAGAACAUUAUUUUACAGGGAUUGUUACUUAAAACAACCUUCUGUCGCCAUGGGUAAAGCAAAAAAAGGCAAGAAGAACCAGACAGCUGAAGAUGGUGAUAGUGAUAUUGAAACUACUACCAUCGAAAAUGUGAAACCAGCACAAACUAAGGGAAAGAAGGCAGUCAUUGCAUCUGAUGAAAGUGAGGAUGAAAAGCCAAAAGCUAAGACAAAGCAAAGGAAAUCUAUUGAUUCUGAUGUAAAGGAAGUCACAAAGAAUAUUAAAAAUGUAUCAAUAUCAAAUAAGUCUCAAAAGAAGAAAGUUGAUAUCAGUAGUGAUGAAGAUUCAGAUGAAGAGGUAGAAGUUAAGUCCAAGAAAAAUAAAAAGAAGGAGGAGAAGAGUGCUUUCUCUUUAUUACAAGUUGAAUCUGGGGAAUCUGCACCUGAGGCACCGCCAUCCUCUGAUGAUGAAAAACCAGUUCAAAAGUCUUCUAAGAAACCCAACCAGGAUAAGAAGGAAGCUGCAGGAAAGAAAGGCAAAAAAGCAAGAAGAAAAAAGGAUGAGAGUGAUGAAGACAUUGAAAAGGUUCUUGCAGAACUUGAAAUGGAAUAUGCUGGAAUAAAAAAAGAACCAGCUCCUGAACCUGAACCUAAUAAAGUGGAAGAACAACCCGAAGAAAAAACAAAACCUAAAAAGAAAACCAAAAAGGAAACUGUACCUGAAGUUGAAAAUGAGGCACAGGAUAAAGAAAGUGAUAAUGAAAACGACAUUACUAUCAAGACAGCUGCCCAGAAGAAGAAAGAAAAGAAAGAGAGAGAAAAAUUAAAAAAGCUGGAAGCUAAGAAGAAAGAUCAAGAUAAAAAAGAUCCUGCAGAAACUAAAACAUCUGCUAAACCUACUGAAAAGGUUGAAAGUAAGGAAGAAGAAGUAAAAGAAACCAAAGCACCUUUAGAAGAAAAAGAAGGCGAGGGAGAUGCUCCUGUUGAAGGUAAGAAAAAGAAAAAAGGUGACAAAGGCGAUAAGGCUGAAAAAGAUGAUAAAGGUAAAAAGGGUCCCACAAAAAAGACAAUCGCUGCUAUGCAAGAGGCAUUGAAAAAGGUAAAAGAAGAGGAAGAACGUAUGAAACGUGAAGAAGAAGAAAGGAUUAAACAAGAGGAAGAGAGAGAGCAACAAAGACUAGAGGCGAUUAGGUUAGAGAAGGAAAGAAAGGAAAGGAAGAAACAAAAGGAGAAGGAGAGAAAGGAAAGACUUAAGGCAGAAGGCAAACUGCUAACGCCUAAACAAAAAGCUGAAAAGGCAAGAGCUCAAGCGCUAUUGGAAUCCUUAAAAGCUCAAGGUAUUGAAAUUGGUUCAGAGAAGAAACCACCAAGGCCAGGAACAAGGAUUAAGCCUACUAAACUGAAGACUCAAAUGUCACAAGAAGCAACUGCUACUCCACAAGAGGAGAAGAAAGUAGAAAUUGAAGUCACUGAUAAACAAGAACCUGCAAAACCUGAAGAGAAGAAAGAAUCUGAUACAGAAUCAGUAAAAGAUGCAUGGGAUGCCGAAUCCUCUGAAGAUGAAGCUCCUCCACCACCUAAACCUGAACCAACUCCUGCACCAGAAGCCAAGAAACCAGCACCAGUUGAGGAGAAACCAAAAGAAGAAGAUGAGAGUUCAGAAGAAGAGGGCAGUUCAGAUGAUGAUUCAAGUUCUGAGGAAGAUUCUGACGAUGACCAAAUGACUGAUGCUCAAAAGAAACGAGAAGUUAUUCUUAAGAGAUUGGAGAAACGUCGGGAAGAUAAUGAAAAGAACAAAGUCAACAAUCCGCUGCGCGCGGCCGUUGUGUGCGUACUCGGACACGUAGAUACGGGCAAGACCAAGAUCCUGGAUAAACUGCGAAGGACGAACGUACAGGACGGCGAGGCUGGUGGUAUCACACAACAGAUCGGCGCUACCAAUGUGCCGAUCGAGAAUAUUAAAGAGCAAACGAAACAUGUUAAGGGUGUGAAUGAAAUAGCAUUCAAGUUACCAGGGCUGCUGAUCAUUGAUACACCUGGUCACGAGUCCUUCAGUAAUCUGAGGAAUAGAGGUUCUUCUCUUUGUGAUAUUGCUAUUCUUGUUGUAGAUAUAAUGCAUGGGCUGGAACCCCAAACGAUUGAGUCUAUAAACUUAUUAAAGCAAAAAAAGACACCAUUUAUAGUAGCUCUUAACAAGAUCGAUCGUCUAUACGACUGGCAGAGCGCACAGAGGAAAGACGUAAGGGAUAUACUGAAGAUGCAACAACCUAACACUCAGUUGGAGUUCGAGAAGCGAAGCAAGGAUGUCAUCCUGCAGUUUGCUGAACAGGGUCUCAAUGCAGCAUUAUUCUACGAGAACCCGGAUCCCCGCACUUACGUGUCGCUUGUACCAACGUCUGCGGUGACCGGCGAAGGGAUGGGCAACUUGUUGGCCAUGAUCGUGCAAGCCUGCGAGGGGCCGCUGCAUAAGAGGCUGGUUUUCUCACAGCAGCUACUUGCUAUUGUGUUGGAGGUGAAAGCGAUCCCCGGGCUAGGAACAACGAUCGAUACUAUUCUGAUAAACGGAACGCUACGCGAGGGUGACACGGCUAUACUCGCUGGUACGGACGGUCCCAUCGUCACGCAAAUACGUUCGCUGUUGAUGCCGCAGCCUAUGAAGGAGUUACGUGUUAAGAACGCAUACAUAGAACACAAAGAGGUGACCGGUGCUCAAGGUGUCAAAAUCGCAGCUAAGGAGCUGGAGAAAGCAAUUGCGGGGUUGAAUUUACUCGUCGCGCAGAAACCGGACGAAGUUGAUGUUUUGAAAGAGGAAGUAGCUCGCGAGCUGAAAUCGGCUUUGUCGUCGAUCAAACUGUCGGAGCGAGGCGUGUACGUGCAAGCGUCCACGCUCGGCUCGCUCGAAGCGCUGCUCGAGUUCCUUAGGACUAGCAAGAUUCCUUACUCCGCAAUCAGGAUAGGUCCGGUUGUGAAGCGUGACGUCAUGAAAGCGUCCGCCAUGUUGGAGCACGACUCGCAGUACGCUACUAUAUUGGCAUUUGAUGUUAAGAUCGAACGAGACGCACAGGAGUUAGCUGAUAAUCUUGGUGUGAAGAUAUUCGCAGCUGAUAUUAUAUACCAUUUGUUCGAUAAGUUCACUGCAUACAGAGAGGAGUUGAAGCAAAAGAAACGGGAAGAGUUCAAGCAUAUAGCCGUGUUCCCGUGCAAAUUGAAGGUAUUACCACAAUUCGUGUUCAACUCCCGCGACCCGAUUGUUGCGGGAGUUAUGGUGGAGGCCGGUAUUGUUAAGGAGGGCACUCCUAUUUGCGUGCCUAGUAAAGAGUUCGUCGAGCUGGGCAUAGUGACGUCCAUCGAGAUCAACCACAAGCAAGUGGAGACGGCGCGCAAGGGCCAGGAGGUGUGCAUCAAGAUCGAGCCGAUACCGGGCGAGUCGCCCAAGAUGUUCGGCCGACACUUCGACGAGACGGACAUGCUCGUCAGCAAGGUUAGUGCUCGCCUGCCGACGUAGCACUGGUUGGCAAGUGCAGUGGCGGAUUUACAAAUUUUCAGGGUAUAGGCUGAAUAGUUUUUGCCGCCCUUGCCUCAACAAUUGUCAUUUCAUACAUUAUUUUUACAAUGCAAGUGGAAGUUUGCUACUCCCGAAAUGUACAAUGACAAGCGAGAGAGAAAAGUCAUCGACAAAAUUUGUUGUAGGCAUCAGCUGAAAACCGUCAUAGAAAAAUCUUUUUGAUU